CGGAGCGAGUCGCCACUGCCCUCGAGACACGAUACGCGAAUUCGCAUCAGGAAGCGGACUAGCGGAGGAGGAAUUUUUCGGCGCCGCUUCCAAUAUGUUGAAGCCCGAUAGGUGUCAGAAUCUUAGAGAACAACAAUUAAUAAAUAUAUUUGAAAUUAUUAUAACCACUCUGGAAGGAAAACUUAAUCGCAUCGAUCGUCUCGAUAAAACAGUUGAUCUUAUAAUGAAAAAUAUGGAUGCGCUGCAAAAUCAGGUAGUAAAAAAUAUAGAAAAAACGGAUUUAAUUAUUUUUCAGCUGGACAAUAUAGAGAAAACGAUUUCCAAUGGUGUGCCUAAAAUACGUGCACAAUUCUUGGACGUUAUAAACCAAACUACCAAGCUGGAACAAAACUCGUCAAAAUUACUCAACGAACGAAUAGUAAAGAUUGAUCGUAAAGUCAUUGAUAUAGAUAAUAAGCUAGAAUGCCUUAAGGUGCAAAUAGAUAAUAAUUAUUUGCAAGUUGAAGACUUUAACGGCGAGGCUAGUGAAAAGAAGCCCGUCACAAUUAAUGUAAACGACAUUACAAAAGCGUUGAGUUCUGAAGCCAUGACACAUAUGUCAUCCGAAUUAAGGGAUCUUCGCGAGUCAGCUGACAACAUUGAUAAAAAGUUACAAUUCCACAUAAAUGUUGUGUCUGAAAAUAUUGGGAUAAUGAUGAAUAUGAUGCAUGAGAUACAUUUUGCUGUAGUCGAUAAUAACAAACAGUUUCAAAUUUUAAAUGCCACAACAGCGGCGUCACCGUUGAAAUCAAGCAAACUUGAAGUUUUAGUUAAACAAAUACGACCAAUGGUUUCUGAAAAAAUUGAUGAAGUUUGGGACGUCGUGGUCGACACAAAAUCAACUGUGGAUUAUCUGCUUCCCAAGUCCGCGGCUCUUCUAACACAAACUCAACGACAAGAGCGAGCAAUUGAUGAAAUCCAUCAAGAUCUUAAAACGAAAACCAACUUGAUUAUCAAUAACUUAGAUAAGGUGGAAAAACGAUUAAAAAAACAGGAAAAUUAUGUUCAAAUAUUAGCUAAACUACCUGAGCCACCUGAGCUUAUUGCAGACAAAAAAAUCGACAGUAUAUUGAAAUAUGACUUAAAUAGCCACUCUUUAAUUGAUGAAACAUUUAAAAGGGCGAAUUUGUCGUCGUCAUUCUCUUACGUUCAACCUACCAUUGUGAACACUAUUUCACCCACUCUAUUUACUUCCUCAACUGGAGAUUUAAUGCUGGAUCAAUUACAUUCCACGCCAAUAAGCCCCAUCAUCACUUACAGCACCGGAGCUUUAAUCAAUGGGUCAAAAUCAGCUAUUCGGAAAGAUGGAAUUAUUUUUCCAAGCAUAAAAAAAAAGCCAGCGAUUAUCAACACCACCAUCGCCAAUGAUAUUUUAACCCUAAAGGAUAUUAAGGGAUUUUCUUGUGUUGACAUCUUAAAUGCUGGAAUGAAACAAUCUGGAGUAUUUUAUUUACAAAUCCGUGGGACGACAUAUUGGUUUUUAAAGGUGUAUUGUGAUCAAGAAACCACAGAUGGAGGUUGGACGGUCAUUCAACGGCGCGAUGAUUAUGUGGACUCUCGGGAAAACUUUAACAGAGAUUGGGCAGAUUACAAAAACGGAUUUGGUGAGCCAAGCAAAGACUUCUGGCUUGGUAACGAGAACAUAUACAUGUUGACAAAUAACGAGGAAUAUUCUUUACGAGUAGAGCUAGAGGACUUUGAAGGAAACAAGCGUAUUUGUUGUACAGUGAUACAAUUGAUAUAGCUUCCCUGCAGUUCCGAAAUUCAUCACUACAA